UUAUAAGAAAUGGUUCGGUCCCCUCCGCAAGCCAGGCGCGAAAGCGCUGUCUGCGUCAUUAUUUCCUCUUAGAUCGGCUCCUAACGGUUGGUUUGGAGGAUUUGUUGUCGAGUUUUUCUUCCUAUUCUUUACUCUAAGGACCAACGAACAAAAUGCGUGAAUGCAUCUCCAUCCACGUUGGACAGGCUGGUGUCCAGAUUGGGAAUGCCUGCUGGGAGCUUUACUGCUUGGAACAUGGCAUUCAGCCAGACGGUCAAAUGCCCAGUGACAAGACCAUUGGCGGAGGAGAUGAUUCCUUCAACACAUUUUUCAGUGAGACUGGAGCUGGAAAGCAUGUCCCUAGAGCUGUUUUUGUGGACCUUGAACCCACUGUGAUCGAUGAGGUGCGGACUGGGACGUAUCGCCAGCUGUUCCACCCUGAGCAGUUGAUCACUGGCAAGGAGGAUGCAGCUAACAAUUAUGCCCGUGGACACUAUACCAUUGGAAAAGAGAUCAUUGAUCUUGUUCUGGACAGGGUUCGCAAACUG